GCACCCAUCCCUUUUUAAAAGAUUCUUCCUUUACCUUACAAAUAACUUUAUAAGAUUACGCAUAGUUUUUCCAUGGAUGCUGAUCAGUCCAACUCAGACUCUUUUUCAUCAUCAAAUCUAAGAAUCAUUGUCCAGAAAAACCCUUCAGAAGCCCAACUCUCUGAAUUAGGCAUAAAAUCUUGGCCAAAAUGGGGUUGUUCACCAGGGAAAUACCAAUUAAAACUUGAUGCAGAAGAGACAUGUUAUUUGUUGAGAGGGAAAGUCAAAGUGUACCCAAAGAACUCAACAGAAACAUCAGUGGAGUUUGGAGGAGGAGAUCUUGUGAUUAUUCCAAAAGGACUUAGUUGCACUUGGGAUGUGUCCCUUGCUGUUGAUAAACACUACAAGUUUGAUUCUUCUUCUUCCUAAAACCAUUACUAUUACUGUUUCGGAUUUAAGUUAUAGUAUGUACUAAUAGUAUAAAUUAUAAUUUCUAUUAUUUUUUGGUUUGCUCUCAUCAAACUACAGCUGAAAUAAUUUAACUUAAAGAGAUUGUUAUCAUUUAAUGUA